AUGCUCAAAUUAUUAUUCUACUACUUACUAACCGACCAAGCAUCAUCGCACUAUUUUUACAACAGCGACAACAACCGAGUGUACACCAGUGAUGUUCUAAACGUGCCCAAAGGAUACAGGAUCAUCCAACCGCCGAAAAUCCUCUCGCUAAAAAAAGAGAAAUUCACCAAAGGCCUCUUCUGCCAGGACAUGGGCUUCACCUGCGCCAAGCCCUUCACCUACUCCUCCACCUUCCAAUUCGAGUGCCUCGACGACAGCAACUGCCCGGUCUCGUACAUCUGCUGCCCGCAGCGCUGCUUCCUCCACAAGGUCUGCACCGUGGGCAAGCCCCGGCGCUCCGCCGACACCAAGCAGCAGCCUUCGAGGGUGUACAAAUGCGCCGAAUGGCCGUACGUCUGCUCCAAGAAAUUCCCGCUGCAGGUGACGCAGAGGUUCAAGUGCACCGACGACGAACAUUGCCCCGAAGGGCUGAUGUGCUGCCCGCAGAGGUGCUUCAGCCACAAGGUCUGCUCCAGGACGGUGAUGAGCGGCGAGAUCGCGGAGACCACCACCACUUUCCAGCCGGUUGCGACGGUGACGAGGGCGGCGAAGGGAGAUCUCGUGGCGUCCCGUGAAGCUGUUAAGGAUGAGGCGCUUAAGAAGGAAUCGUGGAUGGAUAACUACAUAAAAAGGAACACGAAUCCGCCGGUGGAAGCCACAACGAUCGAUUCGACGAGCACGAAUCCGCCGGUGGAAGCCACAACGAUCGAUUCGAACGCGAUCGAUCCGAAUUAUCAAGAGUAUUACGAUGAACAAAGCGAUUAUGAUGAUAAAGAGGAAGAAGAGGACAGUACAGAUAGUAAUUUAAGGCUGUAUUUGCUUGAAGCCGACGACGCCAAGGCGUGA